GCAGACAAGCAAUCCAGCAGAGCACUUUCACUUUGAGCGAGUGAGGACACAGAGUGGCCAGAGGGAGAGAUAGACAAGAGCAGGCCAGUGUCUCUCCCGCUUUAUCCAUUAACCAGUUUCGAGGGAGAGGGGAGUGGUUCAAAUUGGGCUGUUCAAGAAGAUUCUAGGUCAGUAGUGAGAGGGUGAAAGGGAAAGAGAUAUAGUAAAAAACAAACAAAAGAUUACAUAGGAAAAGGCUGCAGUCACUCAGGCUUAAGUGGGAAAAGUGAGAGAGCGGGAUGGCGUGAGAAGAUAAAUGAGGUAUUUAUUGGAAAGUACCAAAAGGACUCCAAAGGAAGGAAUGUAUAAGGGAUGUCAACAAGAAGACUACAUAUCAGACGGUGAAGGAGAACACACAGCAGCGCACUCUGUGUCAAAGACCUGAAGAAACCACAGAGGAGGAAACUUUGCCUUUCACAGACUGACACCGAAACACGUCUGCAGAGAGAUUGCCCUCAACAAGAGAAAUGGAGAAGUGUCCAUUCUUAGAAAGAUAAAAGGAUGUCACUGCCAGUUUUGCUGUUGCUAUCACUCUUGACUGUCCGAUGUGGUGGAUGUGACUUUGACAGGGAAGGUGUGAAAAACAUUAAAAGGACAAUCGACUCUAAUCCGACUGGAUUUCGGACAGUAUUUCCUAAGGAUUACUAUGUAGUGCACCGCUACGCAAAAAGAAUGCUCUGCGACAGGGAUCCGUGUUGUGUGUUCCCUGCUGCAGUCGUCCUGCUUGAAUCAUGGCAUGUGCUUCUCGGAAACCUCUGGGAUGAGCACCUUAAUCACUCCUUAAUCCUGGAUCUAAAGCUGACCCUGGGUAAAAUUAUAAGUAGCAACAAAAAUACAGAGAGGUUCCAGGAGGAGACGGACCUGGCCCAGUUCUCCCCACUAUCUUCCUCUCCUGAAGAACUUCUGAAACUAACGUCAGAACUCCUCACUCGAUGGCUCGAUGUCGCCUGCCUACCGCAAAUGAAAACCUGCACCUUGCCCACCUUGCCCCCCCCUCUAGAGAGGAAGGACUACGGCCCGUCGAGGGCCAGACUCUUGACUACUCGAGCUCUCAGCAGUGAGGAGGAGGGGAAGUCUGGGAAGAUGAUAGACAAUACGCAGCCUCCGUCCAGCGGUGCUCCUCCGACCCUGUCCUAUGCUGCCUCUCUCUGGAGCACCUUGCUAUUCAGACUGUACUGGUGGUUGUUGCCAUAGUUACUCCAAGGAUCUUCUUUUUUUUGAUGAUGCACACAAAAUGCAAGACAUUUCCUGGCACUGAAUGUUUGUUUUUCUUAUACUUGCGUCUUUGUGUUUUAAUGCAGCAAGCUUUGUUAAUAUGAUGUGACAUGCACCGGUUGUAUUUAAUGUCCAAAGUUAGUCACGUAGCCGAGCAACACUUUUCUUUAACAACUGAUAUCACAGAUAUAACCAUAUAGCCAUCCUCUCUCGAGCAAAGCCACAAGCUCCAGCUAGCUAUGCUCUACAUGCUAACCAGAGAUAAAUGCUGAGCAAGCCAAUGCACGCAAGCCAUCGUCUAUUGAUGUGGAAUUCAUCACUGUUUACAAUGAAUGUUAUGUAAAUGUAAGAUAUUACAGUUUAUGGGCGUUUUACUUUUGUACAUAAUUGUAAAUUAAAGACAUUUAGAUAUAUAUAUACAUUGUUAGUUUUUGAUAUAUUAUCCCAUGUUUAAGCUAUAUUUAUUGUGGUCUGUGCUGUUUGUCAUCAUUAACAAAAAAUAACCAAGUAUAUAUAAUCAAGUAAUGCACAACGUUUAGGUACUUGUACAUACUUUACUGGAUUAUUUUUAAUUGAUGUUACUUUUUACUUCUAUUCUUCAACAUUUUAAAGGGAAAUAUUUGGCUUUUUUAACCACUCCAUUUAUCGGACAGCUAUAGAUAAGUCUUUCAAAUGAGCUCAAACAGCAAAGAGCUGACACUUUCAAUGCAUCAACAAUACAGAGAGCAUUUUUCUGCAUAUAUUCUUUUCGUUUUUAAUUUAUUUUACAAGUAAAGCUUACAUAAAUACUUUUGAAUGUAUGUUUGAAUUAGUCAUUUCCCUUUGUGGCAUUGCUAUGUUUGUUUAAGUAAAAGAUCUGUUUGUCAGUAAAACACUUAGACAUUCAUAUUUUUAUCCGUUCGGCUUAAACAGAUUCUAUUUUGUUUAUGAUGUUGCAUUCCAGAUGCAUGACAUAGUCGUUGUGUUAUGAUUCAUGUGAGCUCAACCUUAACUGACGGCUCUUAUUAAAAGUGAUUCCCAGAAGGCAA